UGUAAGGCUAGACAUGUGAUCAUAAAAGCAAAUGCUUUGGGCCAUGUCUCCUUUUAUCUCAGAUGUGAUUUUGGAAAUCUCAGCCUAUAAGGGCUUUUUGACUGGGGUGGUUGCAGAGGAGAAAUUCAAUAAUAUUCAGCAACCCGACCUCAGUCUCAGUCCUAUAAGCAGCAAAAGAAAAUACCUAUCACUAAGUUCUUGCAGCCAUCCCCUGAAAAGAGGUGGAUAUUCCUCCCGCAUCUCCACCCCCAGCCUGCUGUGUGAAAUGAUAAGUCAUGUGCUGAACUCCACUUGCUGCAAGCUUAUCAAUAUUAAUAGAGGUGGGCUGAGAUGGAGAGGAGGGAUUAGUAUGACCUUUUCAAGCCCAUGCUGGCUCAGACAGUCAAAAAGCAGCGGAGGAGAGAGACACAAGACAGGAUCCAUCAUGUCUGACAAACCAGAUUUUGCUGAAAUUGAAACAUUUGAUAAGACCAAGCUGAAAAAAACUGAAACCAGAGAAAAAAAUCCAUUGCCUACUAAGGAAACAAUUGAACAGGAAAAGCAAAGCAAAAACACACCCUGAAGUUGGAUCAGAAGAUAUGGCUGGCAUCUACUGCUGUGGGGUUUUAUGUUCUACAUUUUUUUUUUAACUUUGCUAUUAAUUGCCAUGGUUCACCCAUUUUAAAAAUAGCACUUUUUUCUUUCUAUCUCGGUGCAGCAGGGAUAUUUUCUUUUGAAGCAAUGCUCUGAAACUAAUCAAAUCUACCUUUUGCCAUUCCCCAAAGGAACUACAAUGUUCUGUCCAAUAAAAAUGUGACAAGUUUGCCAAAAAUGUACACUUCUGUUGUGUCUCAACAGGGAAUGUCAUAUUCAUACAGUAUCUGAUUUAGAACUUCAUAAUAAAGUGUUUUCUUAUGUGUUACCUUUA